AUGGAUCUUCUUCUCCUUCUGCGCAGGAUAAAGCAGCAUCCAAACAAUAUUGCGGCAAUCGCAAGUACGGCUAGUGGCACACCUACACCCAGCCCAAUUUUCUCGCGUCUUGUCAGGCCAGAAUCGCUGGAUGCUGGCGCUAGAGGAUCUGUGGUCGAGCUUGGAGUCGCAGAGGAACUUGAUGGCGAUGGCGAAGUUGAAAAGAUAGUUGAAGACGCAGAAGAAGAUUCUGAGGAUGACGCCAGACUGGAUGUAUCGCUCAAGAGACUAGUCGAAGAUGGCAUAGGCGUAGGUGUUGUACUCAAGCUUUCGGAUCCUGAUGUCCUAGAAGAGUCCACCGCACUAGUGGACAGUGUUUCUAUCACUGACGAAUCUGUAUUCGAGGCUGCCCCUGUUGGUACCUCCGUUGCGGAUGCGGUGACAUCAGUGGGCAAUGCUUCGCUCGCAGGUGGCGCUGCCGUCGCUGGUCCGAAUUCUUGUAUGAAGUAA